AUGAAGAAUAGUUCCGAUCAUACAGUCUUCGCCUGGAAAGCAGAGAAUGCUAGGGUUUCAACUUUUCGAGGCUUACUAGCACAUUCUCCAGACUCUUUUGUGGCAACAUUACCAGCCGCGGCCGCUCAGAAUCAACGCCUUGGAGUCAUUAUUAGGAAGCUCGGGUCUGAUGAACAACAGUACACCAGAGUCAAUGCCCAAAGCCUCACUCUCGCUGGAGAGGCCGACUCUAUCGGAGAAAGGCGUCCAAUCUACGCUCGACAGACUCCCUUGAUACCGCGAAAGUUUGUGAUCGAAGACUUGCAUUGCUUCUACGUGCGUCCUAGCCAGCGCUCUGACAGUUCUGUCCAGCUCAGUACCGUCCAAGUUUAG